AUGGCUACAGCAAAACUACAGGCUCUCAACAGCCUCUGUCGACUGCAAACUGUGUGCACACUUGGCAUUGUAUCACGAAUUCCAGGACUGCAGCGUUUGCACAGCUGGUUUAAACUGUGGGGCGUACUUGGAAAGCCUGAAAGUUCGAUGCUUCUCAAUAUGAUCGCAGGCCAAAGUAUACUGAUAAACACGCCUCAUCGCAUGUAUUGCGGUGAGAUGUCCCACCGACCCCUGCACAGUGAACAAUUAGUGUACAUUGUGAUGGUAGUAUCAGAGCAGAGUGAGUAGAUGGACCAACCGAGCGAGCCAGACGGUCAAUGGGAGGCGAACGUGACGGAUUCGAUUACUGGACUCGGACUGGCCGAUAUUUGUGUGAGUGAUUCAACAUUUGUUUGACUGAAGCAAAGGAGGAACCUCACGACUCAGAGGAGUCGUUAGUUAUGGACUUGAACCUGCAAUUUAUAUCGAUGAGUUUGGCUUGCUAAACAUGCUGUAAUUUUCGUUGAGCUGACUGCUGAAUAAACGCUUGUCC